AUGUCGAAGAUAGCAGGAAGUUUGUCGAGUUGUGCAUCGGUGAUCGGAAUUGCGACGUGUUUCUUUUAUAUUCCGUACUUGAUGGGACGUAUGGAAGACAUCCGUGGUAGUCUGGCUGUCAAAAUGGAUCUCUUUCGCAUACUGGAGCAGGAAGUAUGGAGUGAAAUGAUAAUUACUCGUGAUAGUGAGCCACGUAGCCGCAAAGAACGUCAAGUGGAGCCAGUUUGCAACUGUGACUUUGGCGACCGAUGCCCACCAGGACCUCCUGGAAGACCUGGAUCUCCGGGAGCACCCGGCAUUCCAGGACCCCCUGGCCAACGAGGAGGACCAGGCUUACCUGGAAUUGUACCACCAAUGACUUUUCAGCCCGCGGUCGGUUGCAAACAAUGUCCACCAGGACCAAUUGGACAACCAGGUCCACGAGGACCAAUGGGACCACCUGGUGAGAAAGGGCCAACAGGCAAUCAAGGACAAGAUGCCCGUCCAGGCAAUAGCGGACCACCAGGACCUCCUGGACUUGCAGGCCAACCAGGACAGGAUGGCAAACCAGGUCAGCCAGGUCCACCAGGAAGUGAAGGAGUUGUUGGACGCAAGGGACCUCGUGGACCAGCAGGCCCAGUUGGACAAGUCGGACCGAAAGGCCAACCCGGACCUCCCGGUAGUCCAGGACAGCCAGGACAACCUGGUUAUCAAGGACAUCAGGGAGAACCUGGAAGUAGCGGUGCACCAGGUUUGCGUGGACCACCGGGAACUCCAGGACCACCAGGAAUUCCAGGAAAGGAUGCAGCGUACUGUCCCUGUCCGAAAAGAGCAAUGUCUGUGCUUGUUAAAGCAGCUAAAACCAAAGUUUAA